AUGGCCAACGAGCUUUUUAAAAACGAUUGCUACGUAGCAUUAACUCAUGAACAUAUUGAUGCCAAAGUUAUGAUGGAUAAAGUUCGAAGCCCCAAGGCAGGAGCCAUCGUUCUCUUUGCAGGUACUACACGAGAUAACUUUGAUGGGAAGCCAGUUAAAGAGCUUCAAUAUACAUCAUACGAGCCACGUGCUUUACAGAGCAUGCUCAACAUCUGCAAAGCAAUCUCUCAAAAGUACUCUCUAACAUCUAUUGCCAUGAUUCAUCGUCUGGGAGUGGUACCUAUUGGAGAAGAAAGCAUUUUGAUUACAGUGUCGUCACCUCAUCGUCAAGCAGCUUGGAGGGCAGGUGAAGAAGCACUCGAGGAAUGUAAAGAUAAGGUGGAGGUGUGGAAGAAAGAGGAAUUUGGUGGCGAGGAGGGCGGUGUUUGGAGAGCAAAUCGUGAUGGUGCUGUUGGUGAGCGGGUGGAUGAAGAUGAAGAUGAAGAUGAAGAUGAAGAUGAAGAUGAAGAAAAGAAGAAACCGGAUAUGGGAUCUCAUGGUCCGAUAUUAAGACUGAAACGACCGGGAGAGCAUGGGCAUGGACCGGUGGUAAGAGACCACCAGCUUGGCUCUUGA